AUUAGAAUAAAAUAAAUCGUGUUAAAAAAUAAACAGCGUUGAUAAAAAAUAUUGAUAUUUAGAUUUUAUAAAUAGACUUGUUGCUUGCUUGGAGAUUGUUGCUUAGUAUUAUUAUUAAUUAAUAAAUUUACUAAUUAUGUCACACUUGAGAUUUCAAAAAGAAUUGAGUAACAUAACCCGCAUGGACGACGCUAUCAAAGGACCUGCACCUCGAUGGCAGAAAAAAUGCUUGGAAACAUCCGCCAACUUGAGUAUGUCGUUAAAUAACUCGAGAAAGCCGAUGAGCAACAGCUCGAUGAUGAACAUCAUGGUUCCCGGCAAGACACCAACAAAACGUGCGGAAACACGGACAAAAAAGACACCUAAAAGUGGGAAAAAGUCUCCAAGCCGCAAUGCGACAACUCCGAAGACUCCAAGUGGUGGAGAUAGAUUUAUUCCUUCAAGGACAACGACUAACUUCGACCUGGCCUACCACAAGCUCACCCAAGCCAAGCUUGAGCAAGAUACGAACAAAAACGAGACCAGUCCUACGAAAAAAGAGAUGCAAAGAUUAAUUGAGACGAUGACUGGGGUGGAUAUCAGCAACCAGCGAGUCCUGUCUUACCAGAACAAGGCUCCAGCUCCUCCAGAGGGCUAUCAAAACCCAUUGAGAGUUGUUUACAGUCAAACAAAGACCCCAGCUAGUGUAAAAACUUCAUCUCGGUACAUUCCUCAAGCUCCUGAUCGUAUUCUCGACGCUCCUGAAAUUGUUGAUGACUACUACUUAAAUUUAGUUGACUGGUCACCAAGUAACAUUCUAGCAGUAGCUCUCGGCUCGACAGUCUACCUUUGGAACGCCGCUUCUGGAACAAUAGAACAGCUGUUCGAGCUAGAAAAUAACGAAGUGGUUUGCUCAGUAGCUUGGAUCCAGGAGGGUCCUUAUUUAGCAGUAGGAAUGCCUUCUGGUAGUACCGAGCUCUGGGAUUGCAGUCAAAUGAAGCGUGUACGAAUUAUGAACGGACAUGCUGCAAGAGUUGGGUCUUUGGCUUGGAAUUCUCAUAUUUUGACUACUGGCUGCAGAUCAGGACAGAUUGUACAUCACGAUGUACGACAACGGGAGCACGUAGUAGCAGGUGUAAACGGCCACUCUCAGGAAGUUUGUGGUCUUAAGUGGUCACCCGACGGCAAAUAUUUAGCAAGUGGUGGUAAUGAUAAUAUGCUUCAGAUAUGGUCAGCUGUUGGUGGACAACAUCACGCGCAUAAUCAAGCAUUAUACUCGUUUAAUCAUCAUCAAGCCGCUGUAAAAGCUCUAGCCUGGUGUCCAUGGCAGACGAAUAUUUUGGCUAGUGGUGGUGGUACUGCUGAUAGGACAAUUAGAUUUUGGAAUUGCAAUAAUGGUACCUGCUUAAACACCAUCGACACUAAAUCACAAGUAUGCUCAUUACUCUGGUCAACGACCUACAAAGAAAUAGUAUCAGGACACGGAUACGCCCAAAACCAGCUAACAAUAUGGAAGUACCCGUCGAUGGCGAAAGUUGCCGAAUUAACCGGACACACCAGCAGAGUUUUGCACCUGGCUAUGUCCCCAGACGGAACGACAGUGCUCAGCGCCGGUGGAGACGAGACACUGAGACUCUGGAAGUGCUUCCAGACAGAUCCUCUCAAGAAGAAAAAAGAGCACACUGAUGUUAAAUCUGUCGCUUCUAAAUUAAAACAAUCUAUCCGAUAAUCAAUUUAAAUUAACUUUUAUUAUUUAUAUUUAUAUUUAAGCUUAUACUUUGAUUAUUUUGUUUACCAAUUACAGGACAAGGAUCUUUACAUCCUGAAUUAUAAUAAUAUCUAGCUGAAUUGAACUAUUUAUAAUAUUUUUUAUAAUUGGUGAUUGCGAUUUGAAAUAAAUGCCGUGUAUUUUGGUAUAAAUCAUCAAUUUUGAAAUAAUAAAAAAAGCAUGAUAAUAAAUAUUA